GCUAGUGAGUUAAAAAACAAAAACUCAGGACAGGUAGAGCAAGUGACGAGGUGUCAGGUUUCGAUAUUUACUGGAGUUCUUCCUGCCGGGGAGUGUCAAAAACUAUUUGUUAAUACAACUCGUCAACAUACAAAUCUGGAUACCUUUAAGCAAUGGCCCCAAAAUACGACGGUCUGUCCCACUGCAAGCUGGCCCUGGUGUUUGCGGUGCUGAUGGACCUGCUAGGUGUGACCUCCUUGCUGCUGGGUGUCUUUGCGCCGCUGGAGAUCCAGGGAAGAGACUUUGGGGAUUUUCUGGUCUACUCGGGAGCCCUGUUGGUUCUGCUGUCCUUGGCGGGCUGGGUCUUGUGGUACAGUGGCAACAUCGAGGGUCUGACCUCCAGGAAGGAGCUGGGGGGCGCCAUGGGCAGCGCUGUGGACCGCGUGGCCCGAUCGCUGAGCAGGAGGAUGCGGCUCCCCAGGACUCGCAGCAGUCCCACAUAGACACUCGCGCACUGCCGCUGUGUACAAGGACAAACAACAGCAAUUGUAAAGCAAGGCGCUGCAUUCUGUUUCAAUAUACAGACUUAUUCAUGUUGUAGAAUAGUCAGUGUUGCCCUCAUUUGAGUUAAACAAACCAAAAGCUAUGAAAUAAAUCACUUUUUUAAUGUACAA